AUGCCGAGCCCUCCUCCUCCGGCCCCACCCGCGGUGGCGGAGGAUGAGGAGCGGCCAUGGCCUCCGAUGAAGAUGAAGCUUUUUCCGUACGCUGUGUACUGCGUGUUCGGUGGCAUGGGCCGCACCGAGGAGAACCUCCUCGUCGCUUGCGUCGUGAUCCACUAUCUGAACAUCAUCAUCAAUCUCCUCUCCUUCUACACAGACGGUGAGCAGGCCCGCAUUUGGACACUCGUCAGCCGCGUCGUGCAGUCCCUCUGCUACGCCUCCACGACGCUCAUCACGUGCGUGUUCAUCCGCUACUACAUGCGCGUGGAUGGGGAGUACCACGUGACGUUCGAUCCGCCCCAGCAGCACCUGCCGCCGGCAGCAGCAGCGGAGCAGCUCCCACCUCCCCCUCCGGAGAUGGACAUGUGUGUUGUUGCUCUCCUUGUUCAAGGUACAUUCCUGGCCCUAUCUUUGAUUAUAUUCAGCAUCUUUAAUGCACCACUAGAAAUUGGAAGAUGCUUCAGGUGCUUCUUAUUAGCUAUUAAAUGGCUUUGUGAUGAAAGGAUCAAUGGGAAGGACCAGCGUGCUGAAAAGAUCUUGCUUUCUCUUGCCCCACCUGCUAAAGCAAAGGUAGAGGACACUUGA